UGACUUGCAGUGUUUCAAGGUCUCUGCAACAUUUUACAGGCCAGUUCUCUCAGCCCUGACCACUCUACUCAUAAUAAAUCCAAACAGCAUCUUUGUCCUGCCCUCUCAGCUUUCCCAGGAGUGUUUACAAAACUUACGAUCAGAAAUGUUCAAAGAGAAAAUGAUCCCCUGAUAAAGAGGUUCAAUUUUGAUAUUCAACCAAAUCAGAAGUGACAAGAAAACUUUCACUGGUACCCACUAUUUGCUUUGGAUAAACACCGUAAUAUUACUCAGGGUAUUACUCAGGCUUACCCACAUUUGGAGGAUAAUCCACUUGACUAAAAAUCUACUGUUUAAAUGUUAAUCACAUCUAAAAAAUAUCUUCACAGCAACAUCUAGAUUGAUGUUUGACCAAAAACUGGGUACCAUAGCAUAGCAAGGUGACACAUGAAAUUAACCACCACAACAAUGGAUAUUCUCUAUUAUACCAGUUAUUGCAGCUACAUUUCAUUUAGCCAACUGUAAGAGACAUAAUUUCAGACUUCUCCCUGAAACAAAUCAAACCAGUCCUUCUUCAAACUGUGCAAGAUUUCUGUGUACUACACUCUAUAUCAAACAUCUAUUGGCCAGUCUCUUGGACUACACAUUCCCCAACAGUAGUUGAUACCAUUUCUUGGUAUCAACAGGAUGGCUUUGACCCCUCCUUAGCUACAUAUUUCUGUUCCACAAACACUUCCAAGAAGCACCACAGUAUAAAGUAUUAUUAUAUUCCACCGCUGUGGUAUCACUCAUCAAUUAAAUUAUCUCAGUUGCUUUGAUACAGAUAAGUAAUUGCAAUUCUUCUGUUUGUAAAUCUGUGUCUUGGAUCAAACAUUCAUGGCAUCUAUACAGUGAAUGAACACAUGAAGUAUUCCGUCUCUAAUGAAAGUUUAAUCGUGAUCUGAUAGCAGGGGCUCACAGUGAGCCCAGAGCAGCAGUUGGGUGGCGUGAUCACUCCUUGCUGGUCAAAAGCAGGAAUGGUGCACUCCAUCUGGCCGUCUGUGCCAGCCGUCUUGCUUCUCCUGCCAGACGUCUCUCUCAUCUUAACUUCCUUCCAGUUCCUCACAUUAUGGCCAUGGAAGUCUCGGACCAGAAACAAAUCUCCCAUGAGCUGGAUUUAGAGGAGAUAACUAGGAAAAUUUCAUUUCUGGACAAAUGGAGGGAAAUCUUUAGUUACCAUGGGUUGGGAACCCAUAACACAACUCCUCAGAAUUGUGAAGGCAACCAUAUAUCUGCUGAUUAAACUGAAGAUGGAACAGGAAUACCUCAGUCCAAAGGACAUGGACGUUUGCCAUCAAGUAGCCUUUGCUCUAUCCCCAAGCCCUCCAUCAUCUCUUCACAAUCAGGUGGCUUUCCUAUCUCCCUAGCAAUGGCCAUGGUAACUGGGCAAAGCCUCUUUGGAAAUACAGUCCAUGUCUUCAGCUAUGACUGGAAAAAGGCCUGUUUCAGGUUCCAUGAACCUUCUUCUGACCUGGCUUUUGCUUUGGAAGUGGGAAAGGGAGGUGCCCGAGGCAUUCAGAUGGCUGUACAAGGAUCCAUCUUCAAAUACUUGUUGUUUGCCAGGAAGGGAAAAGACUGUAACUUUCACAGCUUAUGUGCCAUAAGCAAGCAGGGGCAGGAGCAAGCCCUGGCUGUGGCACUUUCUGGCAUCCUGUGGGCUGCAGGAGAAGCUCAGAAGGUCACCAUCUGUCUUAUCACUGGGGAUACUUACGUUGCCUCAACUCCUGAUUACUCUGGAGAUGACUUCACUGAGCGGCUCUGGCUGUUUGAACUUUUAGAGAAAGAAGCCACAGAGAAAUUCAUCUAUGAUCAUUUACAAUGUUUCAAAGGAGAAGGAAGCCAUGGUGUCAUCCUCUUUCUUUACAGCCUGAUCUUCUCCCGAACAUUUGAAAGGCUUUAGAAGGACCUAGAUGUGUCCACCACUCAUCUGCUACAACCAAAUGCUGGAGGCUUCCUGUGCAGGCAGGCAGUUUUGAACAUGAUUUUAAUGGGAAGAGCAAGUCCAAAUGUCUUUAAUGGAUGUCAGAAAGGAAAGUCUCAGGAAAUACUACACGGAGUCCUGACCCGGAGUGCUGUCGGCUAUCUGCAGUGGGGUAGGGACACCUCAGAGGAUGACAGGCUUUCACAGGUGGGCAGCGUGCUGAAGACUCCCAAAUUACCUAUUUGGCUGUGCAACAUCAAUGGAAAUUACAGUGUCCUUUAUAGCACAAACAGGCAGCUCUUAUCAGACUGGAAAAUGGAGCGUGUCUUUGAUCUCUACUUCUGCAGUGGCCAGCUCUCACAGAAAAAGCCUGUGUAUCUUACAAUAGAUACUCACUCUCAUCACUGAGAAAGAGCCCAACGUGGAAACGAGCAGAGACCAGCAAGAUGGUUUUCUCCAGUGGAGAUGGCAAUCAGGACCAAGUGGAGCGAGGCCACCGUCAGCUGGAACAGGGCUCUUCCCUUCUUCUAA